GUCAUUACGAAGUAUCGAAGGAAGAAGAUGAUCGAAGGAAAUUACAACAGAUGUCGGGAGAAUCGUACGAAGCGUCCGCGGGAUGGCGUUGUCGACGGCAAGUCGGCGGGGUGAACGGAAAGCGUCAACGGCUCAAAACAUGACGUUCGUAGUUCGUUGGUACGACGAUGUCGAAGCCGCGAAUAAUACGGAACUGUUAAUCGGCUUGUCGCGAGUGACAUUUCCUCUGGGACGUAUCGCGAGUACGAGCGUUAACCUCGCAUCGAAGGACGUUGUCGAAAUACGUGAAAAAUUGCAAAAGAUCGACAGCCAUCGGUGAUAAGCGUGGGUCGCGUUUGGUCGGUGGUGGCGUUGAAGUGACAAGGUACUAUCGGCAAAAGAGAGAUAAAGAUAGAGUGAGAGAGAGAGAGAAAGAGAGAGUGAGAAAUCGAGUGUGGUGGGAGACGGUAGCGCCGGGCGGGUGCGCGCGCGCGCUCGCGCGUAAGCAAGCAACGGUGCAAGUACGAAGAGUAGAAACGUAGAAAAGUAGAAACUGGUGGGGGAGAGAGAGAGAUACAGCGUGGUGGUGGUAGUUGCGAUGUCGAAGUUAGUGGUGGGGAGAAAAAGAAGGAGGAGAGUCGGUGGCGACGGGAGCACGCGAGAUGGUGGAGUGGGGUACGAGGGAGCGAAGGAGAGGAGGCGAGUUUGUUUAUCGCCUUGGUGAACGGUGCGAGAAGCAGUCAGUCAGUGCGGUGCUACACUUGGCCUGCGGUGGUCGGUGUCUUCGGUAGAGUCCUGCUUCCCUGCGUCGUGUGUGUCUGGCUCUCUCUCUCUUUCUCUCUCUCUCUUUCUCUCGUUCUCGCGUGUCCUCGUUAAAUCUUUUUUUUUUCUUUUCCCCUCUCCGUUUUGACACUCGGUUCUCUCUAAUCCGGUGAGUGCGAACAACGCACCGUGUCACGUUUUCGAGAAGGAAAGAGAGUGAGUUUCGAGUGAGAAAAAAGAAAUAGGAAAGGACAGACGGACGGACAUACGGAGAGAGGGAGGACGUACACAUGUCGACAUCCGUCUGAAGAGAGUUCCCUUCGGCCGAAAGAAGAAAACAUAGAAGAGAAACAACGAUACGUCGUGUGAUACAAGAAACGUCGUGUAGUGACACGACAAACAUGCCACGGAGAAACAACGCCGAGGGAUAGGAUCUCUCGAAUCGCGCGCGCGCGCUAUAACACGCAAAAACGCACAGGCGCACACAUAUACACAUAUAUUCUAUCUCUCUCUCUUUUUCUCUUACAUAUAUAUAUAUAUACACACACACACACACACGCACACCGUACACGCGCGUUUAUUUUGACCGCCUACUCUCUUCGUUCCGGCUUCCAUCGUAUUUAUCGUGGUCGUCAUCGUCAGAGUCAUCAGUCGUCAUCGUCGUCAUCCUUCGCCGUCGUUUUUAUAGUCUCCCUCCCUCUCUCUCUUUUUACCGGUAUAUCUUUCCGCAAAAAUCUUUCUCAAACGACGUGGGAUUCGCCGUGGGAUACGACACUACGCAUGCACGACUAAACAGAUAAGCGGAGCUAACCAACACCACUACAAGGAGGAACAACGUUAUUCAAAUCUCGCCAGUAACAAAUUCGUCCGCUUAAUACGCAAAAAAUACGUCGGGAUCGUUCUUCGACUUUUACGUGCCGUUAUCGUCGUAUUUCAAUCCACGAAGAGGAUAAAAGAAGAAAGAAAAUAAUAAAGUGGGGUGUCGAGGUGUCGUCGCAUAAUAAAAAUAAAAAGAAAUAAAAAUUUCGUCUCGCAAUAAUAAUCGUACGUGCGUCGAAAACUACUUGGCAUUUAACGGAGAAAUUAAUCGAAGAGGUGCGACAGAGAUAGAUAGAGUGGUAAAGGAGAGAGAGAGAGAGAUAGGGAUAGAGACAGAUAGAUACGGAGUGGGAGGAAAUCGAGUUCUCUCUCUCUCGCACUCUCUCUCUCUCUCUGUCUCUCUGUCUGUCUGUCUGUCUGUCUCUCUCUCUCUCUCUCUUUCUCCCACUAGUCGACGAGUCGUGUAACGCUCGUAAUUGUCCUUGUCGUCGGCGUGUCGCGCGGUUAGUCCUCGCUCGUCGACGGUAACGACGACGAGAUGAUCGUCAGAGUGACCUUGGUGUGCUUCCUGCUGGUCGGUGCACCGAUAAAGUCAGAAGCAGAAGCCCGUCCUCGUGCACGGCCCGUGCCCAUCUACUCGAAUCAGUUCGCGGUCCAUGUACCGGAAGGAGUAGAAGCUGCAGCCGAGAUCGCCGAGAAACACGGCUUCGACAAUCACGGACAGAUUGGCUCACUGAAGAACUACUUCCUUUUCUCUCAUAGACGAUUAAACAAGAGAUCACUGACAGAGAGCGAGCCACAUCACAGAAUACUCAGAGACGAUUCACGAGUGCACUGGUUCCAGCAGCAACAUGAAAGAAAACGUAAGAAGAGAGAUUUCGAAGCGACAUCCUUUGCCACUUUUGGCGAUUAUCCUCCGUUCUUCGAAGAUUUUGGACCGCGACCGAGACAAGCAUCGUUUCAUCGUCAAAGAAAUCGAGGUGUACCCUUUCAAAAUUUAUUCACCGAUCCGUUAUUUAAAGAACAAUGGUACCUGAACGGUGGUGCCAAAGAUGGAUACGACAUGAAUUUAGGACCAGCCUGGCAAAAGGGUUACACGGGUAAAGGCGUAGUCGUAUCCAUAUUAGACGAUGGUAUUCAAACUAAUCAUCCAGAUCUUGCGUUGAACUAUGAUCAUGAGGCGAGUUAUGACAUCAAUGAUAACGACUCGGAUCCAAUGCCACGAGAUAAUGGUGAUAAUAAGCAUGGCACUCGUUGUGCUGGCGAAGUAGCAGCAGUGGCUUUUAACCAAUACUGCGGCGUUGGAGUUGCUUACAAUUCCAGCAUCGGAGGCGUACGAAUGCUCGAUGGCCCGGUAAACGAUGCCGUCGAAGCCAGAGCGCUAGGAUUGAAUCCUGAUCACAUAGACAUAUAUAGCGCAUCUUGGGGCCCUGAAGACGAUGGAAAGACGGUCGAUGGUCCUGGUCCGCUCGCUAGAAGGGCUUUUAUUUAUGGAGUAACAAGCGGUCGCAAAGGAAAAGGCUCAAUAUUCGUUUGGGCUUCCGGUAAUGGUGGUAGACACACGGACUCAUGUAAUUGCGAUGGAUACACGAAUAGCAUCUUCACGUUAUCAAUAUCGAGCGCAACUCAAGGAGGUUACAAACCGUGGUACUUGGAAGAAUGUAGCUCGACCUUGGCUUCAACUUAUUCCUCGGGAACACCUGGCAAUGAUAAGAGCGUUGCAACGGUAGACAUGGACGCUAAGUUACGACCAGAUCACAUAUGCACCGUAGAACAUACAGGGACAUCUGCAUCGGCCCCAUUGGCGGCUGGUAUCGCUGCAUUGGCUCUAGAAGCAAAUCCAAGUUUAACCUGGAGAGACAUGCAAUAUCUCGUAGUGUUAACGUCGAGAUCUGGACCCCUCGAAAAGGAACCCGGUUGGAUACUGAACGGGGUCAAGAGAAAGGUCUCUCACAAGUUUGGAUACGGGCUUAUGGACGCAGGCGCUAUGGUCAGUCUAGCCGAACAAUGGACCAAUGUGCCAUCACAGCACAUCUGCAAAUCCGACGAAAUAAACGAGGAACGGCCCAUCGAUCCGACUUACGGAUAUACCUUGAGCGUAUAUUUGGACGUUACAGGAUGCGCUGGAUCCUUGAACGAAGUUCGCUUUCUCGAGCACGUUCAGUGUAAGGUAUCUCUGAGAUUCUUUCCACGAGGUAAUCUAAGGUUACUUUUAACCUCACCAAUGGGUACCACGUCAACUUUACUCUUCGAAAGACCACGAGACGUUCUUAGCUCCAGUUUCGACGAUUGGCCUUUCCUAAGUGUACAUUUUUGGGGUGAGAAAGCCGAUGGACGUUGGACAUUGCAGAUCAUUAACGCCGGAAGUCGGCACGUCAAUUCCCCAGGUAUACUGAAGAAGUGGCAACUGAUAUUCUAUGGAACAGCAACGAACCCUAUCAGGAUACGGACACGUCAAUUUAACCCGGUACAAGCGCAUUCUCCGUUCUCGUCCGUGCAUUACCCGUUCUCGAUAGACGAUGAUCCGCUAGCUCAGGACCAUCGGGACGACACCGACUUCUUUGCUCCGUCUACCUUUCAGAGUUACCAGGGACCUUACGCUGGUGCAGCUUCGAACGUCCAUGCAUCGGUGGCCACUCUUGAUGGUUCCUCGGCUCCAAUCUUGACGAAUCGGUUACCAGGCGAUACAGCAGCAGCUUCGGGAUUCGAUUCACCUUCGGUUCCAUCCUCUCAGAUAGCAGAUGGUUCCUUGGAUACAACCAGGCAGAUACUUCAUGACUGUGAUCCACAAUGCGAUUCUCAAGGUUGUUACGGAAAGGGUCCAACGCAAUGUGUCGCCUGCAAGAAUUAUCGGCUGGACAAUACGUGCGUCAGUCGCUGUCCACCACGAAGUUUCCCGAAUCAAGGUGGUGUUUGUUGGCCUUGUCACGAGUCCUGUGAAAUUUGCGCUGGUGCUGGUCAAGACUCUUGUCUAUCGUGUGCACCCGCUCAUCUACGAGUUACCGAUCUAGCCGUUUGCCUUCAACAAUGUCCGGAGGGUUAUUACGAGAAUACGGAGAACAGCACGUGCGUGCCCUGCGAGGCCAAUUGCGCCAGCUGCCAGGACAGACCGGACAAGUGCACCAGCUGCGAGCAUCAUUUGGUGAUGCACGAGAACAAAUGUUACGCGGCCUGUCCUCUUUACACGUACGAAACGCAGGACUAUAAUUGUGCACCCUGUCAUCCCAGCUGCGAGUCGUGUAAUGGCACGUCUGAAAAUCAAUGUAUAGCUUGUCGACCUAAUUUAUUCUCACUUGGCGGUAACUGUCGAGCCUCUUGUCCAGCUGGUUAUAGUGCCGAUAAAAAACGACGCGAAUGUGUAUCCUGUCCACCGGGAUGUCUGACAUGCGUAACUUCUAGCUGUAUAAAUUGCAUAGAAGGUUGGAGUUUAAACAAGAAAGGUGUAUGCGCGCCAGAAAGUCGAAAUCGUUGCGACACUGCUGAAUAUUACAAUGAUGGACAUUGCAAACCUUGUCACUCGACCUGCGAAAGUUGUGCAGGACCCACUGAGGACUUUUGUAUAUCUUGUCAAAGUCCUCUCUUACUUCAAGGUCGUCGAUGUGUUUCACAGUGCGAUGACGGUUAUUACUCAGUCGCCCAACCCUCCAGGCCGAUUUGCGUGCCUUGUUUGCAUACUUGUAAGAGUUGUGUCUCGCGACUUAACUGCACCGCCUGUCAAGACGGUUUACAACUUCAGAGUGGCGAAUGUAGAUCAUCCUGCGCGCAAGGCUAUUACAGUGACAGAGGCCAAUGCGCCAAAUGUUAUCUAUCGUGUAAAACUUGUUCGGGUCCUAGGAGAGAUCAAUGCGUGACUUGUCCAACAGGUUGGCAAUUAGCUGCUGGCGAAUGUCAUCCUGAAUGUCCAGAAGGUUUCUUUAAGUCCAAUUUUGGUUGUCAAAAGUGUCAUCAUUAUUGUCGUACGUGUAAAGGCGAGGGUCCACUCGAGUGUACGUCUUGUCCGGCACAUUCCAUGCUGGAAGGUGGUCUAUGCAUGGAUUGUCUUGGUGCACAGUAUUACGAUCCGUUGACGCAACUAUGCAAGAAUUGUCAUGCGGAUUGUCGCAGAUGUACAGGACCUGGGAAAUUCAGUUGUGCCGCUUGCUCACCUCCUUUGCAUCUUGACAAAUUAAACAAUCAAUGUGUGCCCUGUUGUACGGGGUUAGAAAAGGGUCCACAUACCGAUGAGUGUUGUCUCUGUGACCCAGAAACCGGUGGCUGCAGGAACAGUUCACCGGCUGGCAAAAGAAGGGUACCAUCGAGAGACUCCUCGAUAUCCGAAGGUUACGAAAUAAUUGAUAAAAGUUCUGAUAAUAAUGAUUCAGCUUCGUUGGCCGUAACAGCAGCUACGACUAUGGCCGUGGCGAUUUGUUUAGCGUCAGUUGCGCUCUUCGCAAUGAUAUUCGUUGCUCUUCAAGUACGUAUGCAAUAUCAGCGAGAAGACAAACAAAUAUGGGUUACACGCAAUUAACCGUUAGAAUGGAAUCAGUGGAUGAUAUCGACGCUGAUGAUACGACGGAACUGAUGACAUAGAACAUUAAAAAUAAAACUUAAUCACAAGCAAACAUAAAGAAGAAAGGUGAUACCAUCUAUAUUCUUUCGUCGAAGAAUCUAUGAUGAUCGAUAUACGUUUCUCGAUCUAUAAAACGUCACGUAUGUCAUAUAUCCGCAUACACGCAUACAUACUCAAGCGCACACACACACACACACAGACACACACAGACACACACAUGCACACACAAACAUACGAACGAACAAACGAACGAACGUAUAGAAUCAAGAAUGUAAGUUUGUUUGAAUUUCUUUCGAAGCGUUGAGAUUGAAAGCGAAGGAUCAUACGUUGCUGAAUCAAUUCUGACACAAAUAGGAAAGAAUAAAAAUGAGAAGGAUAAAAAAAGGAGGAGAAGAAGAAGAAGAAGACGAGAAAGAUGAAGAAGAAAAAGAAUCAGUAGCAACUGAAAAAGUUUAUACAUAGAACGAAACUCGAUACUGUGUUAGUACAUGUGUGCGACGACUCCACUUUGCGUGUGAUAUCACGAUGACGUUUAGUUUUAUUCUUCGACGUCCGAUCGUUCGGAUGAUGAAGAGAUGAUAACAUAAUAAUACAUGGGAUGAGGGAGGGGGGGUAUUUCAUUCAACGAGAAAGAAUAAGAGAAAGGCCAAAAAGAAAAAAAAAAGAAAAAAAAUGGAAAAAGGAAGAAAAAAAAACAUUAAAAAAAAAAAA